CACCCAUGUGUUUGACUGAGGGACCACGUGGGAUUGACGGAGCAUAUGGUCCGCACCACACCUAGUCGGGACCCACUCCAAAACAAACGUCAUCAGUAUCCUCAAAACCCUCCAUUCCAUUAUAGAGUUUUGGUCGGAUAGUAACAUUAUACACGCGCACCCACAGAGCACCCGUCCAGCCUCCUCUCCUCUUUCUUCCUCUCUCCAUACAAACAACUCUUUUUAGUACAGUACAAAAGCAGAGAACACAACACAAUGGCGCUGCUGGUUGGUUGCAGGACAAUGGAGCUUCUUACCUUUUGCAUCUUCUCGCUCUACAUCUCCUACAUUGCAGAUGGUAGCGGUUUUAUCGGCGUAAACUACGGCCGUGUGGCCAACAACCUCCCCUCCGCAUCCAAGGUGGUGCAACUCCUCAAAUCCCAAGGACUGGACCGGGUCAAGGUCUACGACACCGACCCGGCCGUCCUCCGUGCCCUUUCCGGCUCCGGCAUCAAGGUCACCGUAAACCUCCCUAACGAGCUCCUCUCCUCCGCCGCUCGACGCCCCUCCUUCGCCCUCUCAUGGGUCCAGAAAAACAUCGCCGCCUACCACCCGUCCACCGCCAUCGAGGCCGUGGCUGUUGGCAACGAGGUCUUGGUGGACCCGCACAACACCACCCGCUUCCUCCUCCCGGCAAUGUACAACAUCCAGAAAGCCCUAAAAAGGUACAACCUCGACACCCAUAUCAAGGUCUCAUCCCCCGUCGCCCUCAGCGCCCUCCGGAGCUCCUAUCCUUCAUCCUCAGGCUCCUUCCUGGUUAGCUCGGUUUUCAAGCCCAUGCUCGACUUCCUCCGUACAACCGGGGCACCCCUCAUGAUCAACGUCUACCCAUUCUUCGCCUACGAGUCCAACGCUGAUGUCAUCUCCCUCGACUACGCCCUCUUCCGGCCCAACUCCGGCUCGAUUGACGGCGGCAACGGGCUGAAAUACUUUUCCCUGUUCGACGCGCAGGUGGACGCCGUUUUUGCUGCCAUGUCGGCGCUCGGGUACGACGACAUUCCAAUCACGGUCAGCGAGACGGGCUGGCCAUCGAUGGGCGACCAGCACGAAAUCGGGGCCACGGUCGAGAAUGCAGCGGACUACAAUAAGAACCUGGUCCACCGCGUGCUCGCCGGCGGGGGAACGCCUCUCCGCCCCCACGCGAACCUUACGGUGUUCCUCUUUGCGCUGUUCAAUGAAAACAAGAAACCGGGGCCCACAUCGGAGAGGAACUUCGGGCUGUUCUACCCGGACGGGAGGAAAGUGUACGAUAUCACAACCAAGGGACCGUAUAAUGAUAAGGAUGUGCAGACGUGGUGCGUGGCAAAGGGGGAUGUGGGCCCGCAGAAGUUGCAGGCGGCACUGGACUACGCGUGUGGGGAAGGAGGGGCCGAUUGCCACAUGAUCCAGCCUGGAUCUGCAUGCUUUGAUCCCAACACGCUUGAGGCGCAUGCUUCCUACGCCUUCAAUACCUAUUAUCAGAAGAAGGGCCGUGCUGGGGGCACCUGCUAUUUUGGUGGGGCUGCAUUUGUCGUCUCGCAUCAGCCUAGAUACGGAUCUAGCAUGAACUUAAGGCUGGCUUGGGGGAAGCUAGAUGAGGGUAUGGCAAAUGUGAGCUCUCGUUUGGAAAUUGAAGGGGAACAAGAAAACUGAAGAUGAUGAGAUGUUGGCCAGUUAGAGAAAUCUUAUCUUAUUUUGUCUAUUUGUAUCCUUUUGUAGUUAGUCAUAAUCGGUAGCACUAGUUAGUAGAUGAAGUGUCCAAUUACUAGAUUUGUAUGAAAGCGGGCCGAUGUUAUUUUUCUUAAUAAGGUGGACGCUAAUUCUCAUUGUCAUUGCAUACUUCUGUUUGUUAUUUCUAUUAUAUCGUAUUACGGGGUUGCUUUUGUUGUGUGUUUCUCAUUCGUGAGUACAUUUCUGUUUUGUCGCUAAAAAAUUACCCAUCUCUGUGG